UGCCCGUUCUCCGGCUGCAUCGAGUCCUUCGCCAGCAAAGCCGACCAGGAAGCGCACAUCGCCGGCCACAACGCAGGCAAACCACACCCGUGCCCAGACUGCCACCUCUGUUUUCGCCGUAAUCACGACCUGAAGCGACACAUGCGCCUGCACAACAACGAGCGGCCGUACGUGUGCCCAUUAUGCGGUAAAGGCUUCGCGAGAAGCGACGCGCUGAAGAGACAU